UUACUCAAUCCCUUCACACACUCUGCUACAAACACCACUCACUCACUCUCUGCAAUUAGAGAGAGAGACACACACACUCCACAGCAUCCAUGGCUUUCAAUCUUUACAUUUCCCAUUUUACCCCUACUAUUAUAACCUAUUUACUCCUCUUCACAACUCCCUCUAUUUCAGCUCUAAACAUUACAGAACUACUCUCUCCUUAUCCAAAUCUAUCCGCAUUUUCCGCACUUCUCUCCAACUCCGCCGUAGCCUCUGACCUUUCCCACCGCUCCUCCCUCACUCUCCUCACCGUACCUAACUCCUACUUAACUUCCCCGUCCUCGGUGGACCUCACGCGCCGCCUCUCCCUUUCCGCACUCGCCGACCUCCUCCGUUACCACAUACUCCUCCAAUUCUUCUCCUGGUCCGACCUCCAGCAGAUCUCUCCGUCCGGAAUUCUCGUCACUACGCUUUUUCAAACGACGGGUCGGGCAUCCUCCAAUUUCGGGUCAGUAAACAUAAGCCGUAACCCCACAACCAAGACAAUAACACUUCACUCACCGGCCCCUUACUCGCCCUCGAACGCCACCGUUUUAUUCCUCGUCAAAACCCUACCUUAUAACAUCACAAUCUUAUCCGUCAACUCUCUCAUCAUCCCCUACGGAUUCGAUCUCAUGGCGUCCGAGACUCUUCCUCCGCUAGGAUUAAACAUCACCAAGGCCUUAAUUGACGGCCACAAUUUUAAUGUCGCGGCGUCGAUGCUGUCGGCGUCCGGGGUAGUCGAAGAAUUCGAGGCCGACGAAGGCGGUGCUGGAAUAACUCUAUUUGUUCCAACUGAUAUCGCAUUUGCAGAUCUACCUAAUAAUGAGAAGCUUCAAUCUCUUCCAGCUGAUAAAAAAGCUGUAGUCUUGAAAUUUCACGUCUUGCAUUCGUAUUAUCCGUUAGGUUCACUGGAGUCGAUUGUGAACCCAGUUCAGCCGACAUUAGCCACGGAGGACAUGGGAGCAGGUAGAUUUACUUUAAAUAUUUCGAGAGUGAACGGUUCGGUUGCUAUUGACACUGGGCUUGUUCAAGCGUCCGUGACGCAAACAGUUAUUGAUCAGAAGCCACUGGCGAUUUUUGGAGUAUCAAAAGUGUUAUUGCCAAGGGAGUUUUUUGGUAAAGAAUCUGCGGUUCCAGGGAAGCCUGGUAAUGAAGUGAUAGGGAGUGCUCAGUCGCCGGAUGUUUCACCAUCGCCUGAUAAUUCGCCGGGAUUCGGUGGCCCCUCUUCUCAUUUGUCUUCGCCACCUGGCUUUCGCGAGGAUGAUAGAUCAGGAGUUGAUGUGUUGGGACAAAGGAGUAGCUGCAUUGUUGCUGCUCUGUGUUGUAUAGGAUUGUUGUAUGUAUUGGUAUGAAAUUUUAAUUAUUUUGUUUUUG